AUGGAGUUUACGGUCCAGACAGCGAGCCACCAUGCAACACGCUCAGCUCGCCCGUUCCCCGCCGACACAGCCUCCCCUCCAGAGAACCUCAGCAGCGACCACCACCACCACCACCACCACCACCACCACCACAGUACGACGAACAGCAGCGCCGCCCACAGUACCCACAGCACCCACAGCAAUCACGGCUCCAAGUCGCGCCGUCGCACUUCUCCGCCUGCAUCCGUCAAGACAGCAGAUGCCCGCCUGACAACGACGACAGCCACCACCAACACCACCAAGCGCAGCUCCAACUACAUACGCACCCAGGCCGCAUCGCCCCAAGUCAUUUCCUCGCUCAUUGACCAGCUGUCGGCCAUCUCGAUCCCCGCUCACAACCACUUCGAGAACCUGCUUGUGGGCUACGACAACGCCCCUAGUGUGCCCCCCAGCCCCAGCAUCCCGACGCACUCGGGGCGGGCUUCCUUCACUGGCGGCCACGAUGGGCAUGCACUGGACCAGGCCGCCCACCACCACCACACACUAAGAGACUCUUCUGACUUCUUGUAUCCUGACGACCCCUGCGAGCCGCCCGUGAUCCGCACCUCGAAGCCGCCCUCGGGCCGGUCGCCACUGACAGCCCCCAAGAAGCAGCGCGAGAAGCCGCAUUCGCUCACCAGCUACAUUGGGCGCAGUGGUGGCAGUUCGUGCUCGCUACAGUCGGCGCAUUCGAAUCGCUCAGCAAGCAGCUUUGGCGCCAUCAGCAUCGAGACCCCCGCACCUAAGCCAGUCGCGGGGGGAAGUACCCGGUCCUCGGUGGAGAGCAAGAGGAGCGUCAAAGGACACCGGAGUCUGAUGUACAUGAGCUCGCGCGAACGACUGCGUCAAAAGGAAACAGAACGCAAGCGCAACACGGUCCACGCCGGCGACGACCGAUCCUCCCAAGAGUCCGCACGAAAACCCGCACCCCAGCUGUUUCCCUACGAAGACACCAUCAAGGAGGAGCCGCCGCUGAAGGAAGAGCAUAUCCCCCAGCGUUCAGAGUCUACCAGGUUCUUGCAGCGCUAUCCCAGUCGCAACAGCAGCCCCCGCCGCUUGCGCAUAAACUUGGUCGACGACUCUCCCCCACCGAUCGAGAGCACGCCAGAGAGAGGCCUGAUUCCAGAGCUGAUACCGGAUCGCAAUUCGUCCCUGAGACACUCUGGGAGUCCGUCGCGAAAGAGUAGACGACGAAAGUCACCGGAAAAACAACGCGAGAAGCCACGUCAAGCGCAAGGCGAGAUGGCGCCAGCAGAACAAGGGAAGAAGAAUGGCUCGCGAUCGGCCUUGAAGGAGACCAUCCUAAAGGAACUCGAGCAGGAAGAAAAUGAAGUGGCGCAGAGGAUCCGAGUGCUCAAAGAACAGAAAAUGCGCAGAGAUAUUUUAGCCGGAAAGAUGCCUGUGGAUGCAGAGACAGGGGCCUCCCCACCCCACCCACCUCACGUUUCAUCGAAUCCAAGCCCUGAAGCGUCCCCCACGUCGACUGUGUCAAGCGCGUCAGAGAAGCGUGUGCAGGACCUUAGCAAGGCGCACAGGGUCCUGGGAAUUGCGCUGGAUGGGCCGUUUGUGGGGGACCUAAAGGAGUCGCCUGUACGACCUCACGAUUCUCGUUAUAGCGAGCCCCCGCCUGUUCCGCCCCCGCAACAUGUGCGCCACUCUCGACAUCGAAGUCUGACGCUGAAUGACGGCGACCAGAUGGCUUCCUAUCCGAUCAAUUACGCGCUGGCGAUCAAACGACUCGAAGACCCGGUACCACUAUCACCGGUUUUUGAGCCACCACCGACAGCGUCUUCACCCCCUCUUACCGCUGAUAGUGCAUCCAUCAAGAGCGAUCCAAACGUAGUGAAACGUUCGAGCUCCAUGACAGCAGGUGGCAGGACUGGACUGGGCCGGAGGACGGCGACCGACUCCGUACUCAUGGGCAGCUUUCCCAAGCAUAGGCACUCCACCAGUGUGACCGAUGUCACCCUCGACAGACUGUCACCGACUCCUCGCUCCAUUCAUUCGGAUAUGUCUGUCAAGCAUCACUCGAUGCUGGCGUCGACUUCGCCCGUGUCGAACAGUCUGCAACUCCAGCGGAAGCGCACGCUCACAAAGAAGCGAUGGUCGCACCCAGAUCUUCCUGUACAGGCAGAGAAAGCGCACAAUGCCAAAGUGGAGCGAUUGGAAGCAAAAGCUGCGGCCACAGCUAAACAGAAUCCCGUGCGCUCGACUGUUGAAGAGCGGCCUGCAAGUCUUGAUUCGAUAGAUUUGGAUGUACAGAGCUAUCUAAAUUCGCAACGACUAUCACAGAAAAUCAGGCAUCCUCAAACGGGGAGGAUCAUUUCGUUCUCGGAAGUUGGUGAUCCAGAAGGUUACGCCGUCUUUGUUUGUGUUGGCAUGGGUCUGACGAGAUUCGUAAUGGCAUUCUACGACCAGCUUGCCACAACAUUGAAGCUGCGCUUGAUCACACCAGAUCGUCCCGGCGUUGGAGGGAGUCAAGUGGAUCCGACUGGGACGCCACUCAGCUGGCCUGAUGACGUUCUCGUGAUAUGCCAGGCUUUGAAGAUUAGCAAAUUUUCUCUGUUGGCGCAUUCGGCAGGUGCUAUUUACGCGCUUGCUACCUCGUUACGCAUGCCACAGCACAUUCGCGGACGAGUCCACUUGUUGGCCCCUUGGAUUCCUCCGUCUCAAAUGGCUCCCAUUGGAAUCAGCCAGGACUCGCCACCCACCCAACAGCUGCCACGAUCACAACGCUUCCUCCGUGCCCUUCCGCCAUCUCUCCUCAAAGUCGCAAACUCGACCUUUCUCAGCGCAACCAGUGCCAGCCUCCAACGCACGGGGCCCAAGACUGCACCAAAAACAAAGCGCAAGAGCACUGCGCCAGCUGUACAGCCUUUGCGGCAGUCUUUAAAAGAUGAUCGACGCCAAUCCAUGAUGCUAAUGGACCAAGUCCCUCCCAACACCAGCUCCUUGACCCUUACCAACCCCGCCGACCCCAAUUAUGAAGAAAACAAACGUCUCCAAGAAGCCCUCACGCUGGCCGAACGCGAACGCCAACGCGCCUUUGACGAACGCCUCACCUUUGCCAUCUGGGAUCGUGCCACCGCAAACGCGAAUCCUGCAACCGACCUCAUCGUCUGCCUCGAAACCAAGCAAACGAUUGGCUUCCGCUACGAAGACAUCAAUCGCCCCGUCGUAAUCCACCACGGCAGCAAAGAUUCCCGUGUCCCCGUCGCCAACGUCCGCUGGCUCGGCAAACUGAUGCGCAAAUGCGAGGUCAGGAUUCUAGAAGGCGAGCAGCAUGGCCUCAUGGCCAGUGCACAGGUCAUGGGCAAUGUGCUGACGGAAAUGGCGACGGAUUGGGAGGACUGGACGACGGUGACGACGGAGACGAGGACGUUGAUGCGCCGCAAGACGGGCGAGAAGUUGAGGAGUCAGAUGAGUUUUACGAAUUUGCAACAUGCGCACCAACAGCACCAGCAGCACCAGCAGCAACAACAACAGCAACAACAACAACAAUUGUCGUAUUAG